GCGCUGACAGCUCGGCAGGCCACGCUCACCUGGGAGAGGCCGGCAAGGGGCGCUCUUGGCUGGGUUGGCGCGCAUGCAGUUUUCGGGUUUUUUGCCCUGACGUCUCUUCAUCUGAUAUUCUUAGUUGCAUUCACCCUAAUACUAAUAAUAUGUUUAGAUCAGUGGAAGAAUAGAAUCUGGCCUGAAAUAAAAGCAAUAAGACCUGAUGAACUAGACAAUGAAAGUUGGGGCUAUGUCCAUCCUCGACUUCUGAGUGUGCCUGAACUAUGCCACUAUUUGGCAGAAGGAUGGAUCACAGGAGACAGCUUCAUGAGGAGCCUGCUGAGUUUCAAAAAGCAAAAUCCUGGCAAGUUCUGCCUUCUAGCCUGUGGUGUCCUUACAUUUUUGGCUGUGUUAGGACAGUACAUUCCGGGCGUCUGUCUUGCCUAUCUUACAAUGCUUUCUCUCUUAUUGUGGCCACUUGCUGUAUACCACCACCUGGGUCAACGUCUGUACACCAGACUACAGCCAGCUCUGCAACGGUUGGACUUCAGUGUUCGUGGCUAUAUGAUGUCCAAACAUAAGGAGAGACAGUCACGUCACCAUAUGCGGAGGGAGCAUCCUGCUGGUGCUGAUGAGAGUGACAGUGAAGAAGAGCUUGCUGCUUUUUGUCCUAAGUUGGAUGAUGCAGUGGUUGCCAAGCAGCUGACUAUCUCUGACUCUGAGCACUCUGAUGCAGAAGUAUCUUAUACUGAAAAUGGGACUUUCAAUUUAUCACGGGGCCAAACACCAUUGACAGAAGGUUCUGAAGACUUUGAUGGCCACAGUGAUCCAGAGGAAUCUUUUGCUCGAGAUCUUCCAGAUUUCCCUUCUAUCAACCCUGAGAUGACAGGCAUAGAUGAUGAGGAUGACACCAGCAUUGGCAUUCCAAGCCUUGCCUCCCGUAACCAGGCCCAGGAAGAGAGCCAACUGUCUUAUAACCAGGAAGCAGUGACUUCAGAGUUCCUCCUGAGUGAGCUGCCAUUAAUGCACAACCUGACAGAUGACUUAGCUGGCUUUGUGACCAGGGGAAUGAUCCAGCUGGCCUUGUCAGGAACUUCCCAGUCAGGUUCUAUGCAUAGCAACAGACAGCAGCAAAGUGCCAAGGCCUUCCUUCGGACCUCCAGCUCAGAGCUGGAUACAGACGCUGAAGGGGAUGAUUUUGAACUGUUGGAUCAAUCAGAGCUGAAUCAGAUGGAUCCUUCCAAUUCCCGUGGUCAAUAAACAGUUGUCUGUCGUUUGUUUUCUGGCUCCUUUUUCUCAUGGAGCAGAGUUAGAAGAGCCCAGUGCAGGAAUAAGAUAGUAUCCUACAAUUUUUGGUGUAUAAUCUGGCUUGGCAAAUUUGGAAAAUUGUAUAAAUUUUAGAACAAAAGACUGCUAUGGCAGAAUCAGAACAAUUUGACUGUUGGAUUUGCUAUGACCUACACCUUCCUAGUUUGCCAUGUGUUGUGCUCUUAGUUCAAAAUGAAAAAAUCUUGCUGUUUCUGUUUUAUUAAAUGGGCCCCAGUGACAGGCUUCAGAUCUUGAGAAACAAAGAAGUCAAGCAUCAGAAAUUGUCUUGCAUUUAAGACACAAACCAAGUUCUUGAGCAACGCAGGUGAUUUUUUUUUCCCAGCUUCUGAUUUAGAAUUUAAAUUUUCAGAACUACUAGAAAUAUAUAUACUGGGUAUGUGUUUGCAUCUGUGUAUACACACACACAUACACACACAUAUACAUAUAUAUAAGUCCCUGACACCCCAGAGGUAUUAGAAACUACUUCUACCUCUAGUAAGUAUUUGCAUGUAAUGAUUCCAAAUCCAUAAUUUUUUAAACCCUUGAACUCUUGUUGGGCUGUUCUUGCACAAAGUAAUGGCAAUAAUACAGACACACACACCUCUAUAACCUUUUGAAUGAAGAUUUCUAUAUUGAAAGAAUACCUUCUCUCCAUCACAGUUCCAUGAAAGAAUUAACCUGUUUCACUCUAGAAGUCAUCAAGUCUCUCUGAUCUGAGUAUAUUGAUUUCCAAAUUGGAAUAUGGGAUCUGUAUUACUUAUAGAUACCUAGCAAGCAACCUGUCAUUCUGACCUGUCCCUCUAUUGUUGACAUGCCCCUGAUUCAUGUUAUCUGUAACUGUUUAGCUCCCAGAUGAAUCACCUGUUCUGAAGAAAAAUAUACUGCUGUUAAGGAAGCUAAUUGAUUUCCACUGAAAGAUGAUAAGGCUAGAAUCCCAAGGACAACUGCUCCAAGCUUUGUGUGCAGUUUUUAAAACAUAAAAGUGGGGUACCCUGCUUAAUGAUAAUUCUUUUGUGAAAAUCCCCCAGGAAUACAAAAUGGGAACAAAAUUGCAUCAAAGGGAAAGGAGGCAUGUGCAAUUUUGGUAUGGCAGGAAUGCUGUAUUUUAAACUAUUUGAAGACCAAAUUCACCAGGCUUAAUAACAGAAAUGACGGUAUAUCUUAGUUGUACCGUUUGCGUUACUGUGAAGAUACAUUCCUCAAAAAUAAAACAUCUACUAAUAGUAUAUAGAUGUUACUAAUACUAUGGCACCAGGUCUGUUCAGAAUACUGCUGACAUCUGAGUAAAACCUGCAAAGGAUUUUUCUUCUGCUGCAUUCAUCUUAAACAGCUUUUCAGACCUACAAAAAACAAGCCUUCUUUCAACAGUUCAUACUGUGAGGAGCUUGUGAGUUAAUUAUCCUAGUGCUUUGUAUCUUCUUAUACAGAACUCUGUAUCCAAACUAUUUCAGUUUCUAUACUUUAGAAGUUGGAAGAUUGUACCUUAGAAGUAAUUAUCCUUGAUGCAAAGCCAUCCUGGUGAUUCUCUGUGAACAAAAGAGAGACUUGAAUAAAUGCUGUGCUUUUAUAUUUUAAACAUUUAUUUAGAUUAUUUGAACUUAUGACAACUUGUGCAUCUGCUGAAUUGAACAAUUUGCAUAUCCAGUUAGAGGGUCAUGCUCCAUGUUUCUGUAGUACCAAGUCAAUAUGCAUCAUUUUUGCAGGCUCAAUAGUUUAGAAGUUUACAUUUUUUUCCCAACAUACAGAAUUUAAAGACUUUCGUAAAAUACUGCCUAUUGUUUUAUUGGCCAAUAGUACUGUGAUGUUGAUGCUAUAUGACUAAUAGCACAUUCUUGCAGAAAAUAUUUGAGAAGGUUGUAAAUUUAAAACAGCUUGGUUUGGGUAGCAUUUGUGUGGCAAUAUCAUGGUAUUUAACUGCCUUUUUUUAGUGUUUACAAAUCAGCCAAUAUUGUGGAAUUUCUAGAGUAAAUUGUCGCAUUGGAGAAGUUUUUAAAGUAAAAUGCUGAUAAUUUUUGAAAUGGAAAACUGACAUUAGAUUUUAUGUGAUGUGGAUUAGAACAAAGUUUAGUGCAAUAAGACAACCAAACACCCCUUCUCCAUUGUAUCAAUAGUUAAACAUAUUUUAAUUUUUUUGUUGAGUGUUUCUUUCUGCUGUAACUGAUGCAAAAUAAAGAAUUUGA